AGAUCGCACCAUUGCGUUCUGGCCCAAGCACCCCCACCCAACGGCCCAACGGCCCCGGCGUGCCGCUGAUCCCGCGCGGGCGGAGCGGGGAAUGGCGGAGCGGUCGACCACGGUGACCGUGAGUUUGCCCAGUGGCCGCUGGGAGACGGUCUCCGUGCCGCAGACGUCGACGAUUGGAGAUCUGAAAGCAGCAGCCCAGAAAUCUUUGGGGCGCUACUUCUUGAGAUUGGUGGCGAAGGAUAAGCUGUUGCAGGUGUCAAACUUCUUGGAUGCGGUCGCGGUGCACAAUGGAGACCACUUGACUGCUAUUGCCGAAGGGGCCAGGGUGGCUGCCACAGAGUUCGCCUUUGCCUUGUGGUCUUCAGGGAGUCCGGUGGUCACAUGGGGUGCUCCUGAAUACGGCGGAGACAGCAGUGCCGUUCGUGCAGAUUUGCGGGAUGUCAGGGCGAUUCAGGCCUCUUCCAAGGCCUUUGCCGCGAUCACGAUGACUGGACAGGUUGUCACAUGGGGCGAUGAAUGCUGUGGCGGUGACAGUAGUACUGUCCAAGAAGUUCUGAAAGAUGUGGAGCAGAUUCAGGCUACAAAGAGGGCCUUUGCUGCUUUAUUGAAAGAUGGAAGUGUCAUUACCUGGGGUGAUCCAGAGGCCGGUGGUGAUAGUAGCUUUUUCCGAGAGCAGCUGAAAGGUGUGCAGAAGAUUCAGGCAAGCUCGGAAUCCUUCGCUGCAAUCUUAGCAGAUGGAGCAGUGGUGACGUGGGGUAGUCUAACAGGUAGCGUUGGCAGCAGUCUUAUUCGAGAUGAGCUCAACAAUAUCCAGCAUAUUCAGUCCACGUGGGAUGCAUUUGCUGGAAUCCGGUCAGAUGGAAGUGUGGUGACUUGGGGUAGCCCCAUCGGUGGGGGGGCGGUUCCAAGCUCCGUGAAGCAUCGGCUGAAAGAGGUCAUCCAUGUGCAGGCCACCUUGCAGGCCUUUGCCGCAUUGACCCGUGAGGGAUCUGUAAUUACAUGGGGCAGUCCGAUUGGCGGUGGUGACAGCAGUGGAGUUCAAGACCAACUCUUUGAUGUCACAGAGAUCCAGUCCACACGGAAUGCCUUCGCUGCAAUCAGAUCAGACGGAUCUGUGAUUACAUGGGGCAGCUCAACAGGUGGUGGUGAUAGCACUGCAGUUCAAGAUCAGCUUCGUCAAGUGUAUCGGAUCCAGUCCACCCAGAAGGCUUUUGCUGCACUCACCAAAGAUGGAGAAGUAGUCACCUGGGGCAGUCCGUGCAGCGGUGGUGACAGUCUACGGCUUCGAGGCCGACUGGAUCAUGUGGUGGAUAUCCAAGCCACCAAGAAGUCCUUUGCUGCGAUCAAAGACGAUGGAACUGUGCAGACCUGGGGCCACCUUGCUGAUGACGUCGAAGUGAAGGACGUUCAACAGAUUUACAGCACUGCCUCAGCCUUCCUGGCGCUGCAGUCGGAUGGGAGGCUGGUGACCUGGGGCGUCCAAGAGUUCUUUUUAACCAUGUGAGUGCAGCGAAGCUCCUCAGCGGAGUGGCGGUUUCAUGCGUUUGACUGAUGUGGCCAGGCAAAGCGGGAGUGUGACAGGGAGGUCCCAACGCAUGUGACAGGGAAGAACACUC